CACAGUGCUCGGUGCAUGUGAUGGGACAGGACGUGCCAGAGCUGUGCUGUGAGGAGCCCCACGCAGCCAGCUCGUUCCUUGCUGACCCAGAGCUUUUCCGAGGCACUGCUCCUGUGGCUGGCCUUGCGGCCAGACUGCAGCACUGCUUGACUGGCAGCUUUUCUGGAGCAUCUGUCCUGAAGGUGCCCUUGAGGGCAGAGUAGGAUGGCAGGCAGAGCGCUCAAACUGUUAAGAGUGUUUAGGGGGAUGAAAAUUCCAGGCCCUGCAGUAGUCCUGGCCCAGCAGUCUGAAGAGCCAGAGCAGUUGCAGCCACUGCUGGAUGAUGCAGACAUGGAGGAGACACAAGAGCAGGACCCUGCCCGUGGCCACUUCCACAGAGCAGCGCAGACAUUGAAGAGGUUCCUGCAUACCCGGCGCAGGAAGUCCACCACUAAAGCAACUGAAGGCGCAGCUGAGGCUGACUCCAGGCUGAGCGAGAAGCAAGCAAAGCCUGCUGUUAGCACAGCAUCCACAGAGUGCACUGAAAACUCUCACAGGGCAAUGGUUCACACGGCAGUGACUCAGGAUGUGGCCAUCAUGAAGACUGACACCGAAGUGGCUCAGGACAUCUCAAGCACUAACACCACGCCCACUCUGGUUCUUGCUCCCUCACCUGAUCUUUUCAAGCAGAUGGGUGUUUAUUCUCAGCAGCAGGUGCCAGCCAUGGUGAGGGACAUUCACCAGAGGCUUGUGUCCCGUGGGACUGUGGAUGCCCACACGCGCAUGAACAUUCUGAGUCUGGCUAAAAACCACCCUGCUCAGGUGGUGCUGACCCUGCUGCGCUGUGCCCCAUCGUGUGACAGAGCUGCUGCAAUGAUGUGGAGAACCAUAGGAUCAUGGGGACCAGCGGCUGAGAGUGUCUUUCCAAGACUGCUCAGUGUGAUGCAGGACUGGCCACUGCACAGCAGAUCCACUUCCAGUGGGGACAACAGGGCUGCAUUUGCCUUGGCUGCAACUGUGGUGCUGUGGGUGAUUGCCAAGGUGCCCGAGUGCCAGCACACAAUAAAAUUUCAUUCCGCCCACCUGCUGGUGUCUCUGCUCUUCCAAGUUUUUGUCACCACAGAGCAGAUACCGGAGGAGGUCGAUAACUUCUGGAGAGUGUGCCGGGAGGAACACUGCCUUCCCACUAAGCCCAACAGAUUUGUGGUGCAGAACAUCAAGGCACUGCUCUGCCGCCUGUGGUGUGACGAUGAGGGGCUGUUGGCUCUGGAGCGCAAGCGUGUGUGGGACACCCUGCUCUGUGCCGACACCCACCACUAUGCAGUGGGUCUGCUGGCCAGGGAGGUGCGCCGUGGCUUGAGCCGCUUAUGUACCCCCAUGACAAUCUGCCUGCUCAAGCUGCUCACCAGGGAGCAGCCCCACUGGGAUCUGCCUGGCCUGGCUCUCCUUGUGGAGUUCCUGGAUGUUCUGGAUUUGAAUGUCUGUGCUCGCAGGGUGCUGACGAUCAUGUCCAAGCACCUGCAGAGCGAGUGCACGGAGAGGCGUCGCCUGGCGCUCAGAGGCUUCGUGGCGCUCAGCAAGUCUCCCUUGAUGGCCGAAAGCCUCUGCGAAAUGUCUCCAGAGUUCCUGGAGCUCCUGAGGCAUGCAGACGGAGAGGUGGUCAGGAUGACCCUCUCUGUCUUCAUGAAUGUGCUCCAGGACAAAGACAUCCUGGUGUCCACCAAAUGCAGCACCACUGCCCCGAUGCUGGCUGAGAUGCUUGUGCCACUCUUCAACAAUGACAACAGGCAUGUGCAGCUGCUUUCCAUUCAGCUGUUUCAAAAGGUGAUGGAGCUUAGAGUGAAGAAGGGAAAACAGCUCCUGAAGGCCAUUGUGAAGGAGAGCCUGUUGUCACUUUUACCUUACUGGCACGAUGAGAACCAGGAUGUGGCAGAGGCCUCUUACAAAACCCUGCUUUGUGCAAGUCGGCUCCUCAAGAGGAGGGAUCUCGAGCAGCUGCUGACGAGGGGGCAGGCGCUGAAGUUCAACGAUGGCCUGCCGGGAGAGGACGAGAGCCGAGCACCCGAGCACCUGAGCCGGGCCCUGCUGAGCCUGCAGAGCCCGCCGGAGCGCCAGCGAGGGGCGGCCAGGAGGUUCAUUGGGAUCUUCAGGCACAAGGUGACGGGGCAGCAGCAAGAGCUCCAGCCCAUCCGUGAGGCCCUUCAAGUGCCUGGCAGAGAAGAGGUGUCUCCUCCUCUCAAUGCUGCUGCAGCUCCAGACUCUGCUGAUGCUGCUCCCAGCUGAGCCUGUGAGGAUCUCCACAAGCUCCUCUUGCCUCCUUCCCUUAUGACAACUUCCUCCCUUCAGCCCAUCCUCUUCUUUCCCUUCCAGCUUAUGCCUUUGCUUCAUUUUGCUUUAAUAAAGUUUGUCUUGUUCACUUUCCCCCACGUCUCUGUGGAGCUAUGGUGAGGAAAGUAAAGGCCUGGGACACAACAGCC